GCAGGCUCCGCGGUACCAGCGUGUGCGCACUAACCACACCAGGCGGACACCUUUGCCGGUUGGUGCGCAGGCGCACUGACGCUAUGAGUGGCAAGAUGGAGAUUUUGUCUGGAAAACAAGCCCAGAAAAGUGUAAAAAUUGCUGCUGGAGCUGUUGUCUGUGUUGAAAGUGAAAUCAAGGGAGAUGUAACUAUUGGACCAAGGACUGUAGUGCACCCCAAGGCUCGUAUUAUUGCAGAAGCAGGACCAAUCAUUAUAGGUGAAGGCAACCUGAUUGAAGAACAAGCUCUUAUUACAAACAGCUAUCCAGAAAACCUUGUGCCUCAGAAGGAAGAUAUGGAACCUAAAGUUAUGACUAUUGGAACAAACAAUGUUUUUGAAGUUGGAUGUCGUAUCCUUUCCUGCAAAUAA